AUGUGCUUCAUGUCACCACCAUAUAAAUUAGUUAGCUACUCGUGUUAUUACAACGGGUGUACUGUUCCAAAUUGUGAAACUUGUAAUAGUUCGAGUGUUUGUACCACAUGUAAAAGUGGAUACACUUUAAAAAAUUCGACUUAUUGUGAAAGUAAUAUCAUAAUCCAAAAUUGUUUAACGUACGGAAUAUCAUCGUGUAUUACAUGUGAACCGAAUUACUACUUAUUAAACAACAACGCAUGCAUACAAUGUGACACAAUUUGUGGUAAUUCAUGUUCUGAUUCAACAGGUUUUUGUUCAACUUGUUCUAUUGGAUUCGUAUACAGAGAACCCAAAUCAAAAGAAUGUGAAUUGUGUUCUAAUUUUGAUUCAAAGUGUGCUGAAUGUCUGACUCCAAACAAACAGUGUCGGGUGUGUAUAGACGGAUAUUACCCAUCAAAUGCCAACUUGAGUUGUAUUCCCUGUGAUUCAACGUGUGCGUCGACAGGGUGCAACACACAAACGGGCGCUUGCAACACUUGUGUAAGCAAUCAAUAUACAAUAAUCUCUGAAACAAAUGUUUCGUGUCAGACGUGUUUUUCUUUUGACCCGAAUUGUGUAGAUUGUUCAACAAUCACAAGAAAGUGUACUGUAUGUAAAAAGGGAAUGUACCCAUCAACAACAUCUCCAUUUACAUGUGUUGGUUGUGAUUCAACGUGUUUGAAUGGAUGUAACACACAGACGGGAAACUGUGAGACGUGUUCAUCACAAUACACUCCCGCAAUAACACAACCUUCAAAAUUCUGUUCUUUUUGCAAUUCUAUAGACCCAAAUUGCAACACAUGUUCAUCAACAGAGAGAAAGUGUCUGAGUUGUGCAUCUUCAUAUUUUGUUGGGAUUAAUGGAACAAGUUGUGGAAAUUGCGAUUCUUCUUGUUCUUUAUGUGAUUCUAAUGGGUAUUGCACAUCAUGCGCAUCAAAUUAUGUGAUGUAUGACACACAAAGCACAAAUUGUGAAAGUUGCACAGACUUUGAUUCAAAUUGUGAAAUGUGUCCAGGUGGCACACUGAAGAAAUGCACAACUUGCAAAACAACAAACAUGUACCCGUCACCAGAUACCGGGAAGUGCAUUUCGUGUUCAACGACAUGUGGUGGAAGUUGUGACCAAACAGAUGGAAAUUGUACAUCAUGUGCGAGUGGUUUGGUCUUUACAAGUCCACCAUCAACUGUGUGCGAAGUUUGCAAAAACUUUGAUUCUCAUUGUGCCACGUGUGCCUAUAAUGGUGUCAGCUCAUGUCUAAUAUGUUCAAUGGGGUAUUACCCAUUAAGUGGCACGUGUGUUGCGUGUUCGGCAACGUGUCAACAAAACGAGUGCAACGCAGCAAAUGGACAAUGCACAAAAUGUAUUGACAAUUACGUCGUGACUUCACCAAUUUCUACAAAUUGUAAUAGUUGCAGUGUUUAUGACCAAAAUUGUGUGACUUGUGCAACAGACUCCACAAGAAAGUGUGUUUCCUGCAAACCAAAUUAUUACAUCAAAACGAGUGGCAAUUAUAAAUGCCAAAGUUGCUCAUCUACAUGUGGAGGUGCCUGCAAUGGUAGCAAUGGAAUAUGCACGACAUGUUCGAGUGGGAUGGUGCCAACCGAUCCAUUUUCAACAACGUGUAUAACAUGUCAGGCAUUUGAUGUAAAUUGUGAGAGUUGUGUGACUGGUGAAAGAAAGUGCACAAAAUGUUCAACACCAAACAUGUAUCCAAACGACACGUCACACAUUUGUGUGUCAUGUUCAUCAACAUGUGGAGGGAGCUGUGAUGCAACAAAUGGGAUAUGCACAGCAUGUCAAGAUAACUAUGUCUGCAAUCGACUAAAUCACGUGUUUGCGAAUCAUGCUCAACUUUUGAUGCACAUUGUAAUAAAUGCUCGUCUGCAUUUGACAGAAAUUAAGAAGUGCCUGGCGUGCAAAGACCCACAAUACGUAGCUUCAAAUGUGCUUUGUACAAACUGUGAAGUUGGCACUUACAAAAAGACCGAUACAACAUGA